GUAUUGGUACAUCAACAGUUGAAGAAAUAUCUAAGAUGUGUAAAAACAGGAGAUCCUGAUUCCACCUGAAGGAAGCAAAGAGAAGCUGGGGCCGGAUUAGAAUUACACUAUUAGUCUAUUCCUAUCUUGUAAUUGCAUUAAAAUACAAUAAACAACCCACAAUCAUGCACCGUCACCGACACCAUCCCACUUCAUCUUCCUCCCCUGUCUCCGUGUCUCUUCCUCCGUUGCCUCCAUUUUCACUGCAAUUCCCAAACAUGUCCCUUUCCUUCUUCAUCCUCUUCCUCAUUCCCCUUUCCCUCUCCCCCAUUCCCUCCCUCCAGACGCCUCUCCUAGCUCCCAUCUCAAAAGACAAUUCUACCCUCCUCUACAUCCUCUCCCUCUACCUCAAGACCCCUCCCCAACUCACCCUCCUUCAGCUCGACCUCGGUUCCUCCUUCUCCUGGCUCCUCUGCGACUCCAACUACACCUCCUCCUCCUUCCUUCACACUCCCUGCAACUCUUCCCUCUGCUCCUCCUUCCACGCCGCCGCUUGCUCCGACUGCUUCCGUCCCCCUGGCCCGCAUUGCGCGAACAACACUUGCGCUCUCUUCCCUGAGAAUCCUGUCACCCGAAAGGCCCUUCUAGACAUCGCGCUCAUCGAUUCCCUUGCUCUUCCCACCACAGACGGCUCCUCUCUCGGUUCCCUCGCUCUCGUCUCCGAUUACAUCUUCUCUUGCGCCACCACCCCUCUGCUUCAAGGCCUCCCUCACGGUGUCACUGGCUUAGCCGCGCUGGGUCGCUCUAACCACUCUCUCCCCGCGCAAAUUAGCACCGCCUUGUCGUCUCCGCGCUGCUUUGCGCUCUGCUUACCUGGCUCCCUCUCCGGCCCCGGCGUGGCCUUCUUCGGUUCGCGCGGGCCUUAUAUUUUCUCUUCCAAAAUUGACCUCUCCAAAUCGCUUGUUUACACGACUCUUAUCUUGAACCCAGUCGGUGACACCGUGAUCACCUACAACGGACAACCGUCCGAUGAGUAUUUCAUCAACGUCACUUCAAUUCGUGUCAACGGAAAUCCCGUACCUCUCAACGGGUCACGCUUGAGCAUUGAUGAGAACGGAUUUGGUGGCUGCAAGGUCAGCACAGCCAGUCCCUACACCAUCAUGGAGACUUCUGUAUACAAGGCAUUCACUCAACUGUUCGUGAACGAAUCCUCUGCUUUCAAUCUCACAGGAACGGUGGCGGUGGAGCCCUUCAGCGUGUGCUAUCCUGCGGCGGACCUCACAGAGACAAGAGUGGGACCUGCGGUUCCGACCGUUGAUCUGGUGAUGCAGAGCGAGGAAGUGUUCUGGAGAGUGUUCGGGUCGAACUCGAUGGUGAGGAUUUCGAGGGAAGGAGGGGAUUUAUGGUGCCUGGGCUUUGUGGACGGUGGGACCAAUAGGAGGACGCCGAUUGUGAUCGGAGGGCAUCAGUUUGAGGAUAAUCUGCUGCAGUUCGAUCUACAAUCUCGCAGGUUGGGUUUUAGCUCUUCUGUGCUGCUUCAGGGAACCGCAUGUUCUAAUUUCAAUAUCACCAAUUUCGCCCAUUUAGGGAAAUAGUUCAGGAAAAUGUGGGACAUCAUUGUUAUUCAUAAUAUAUUUAGUUACAUGAAUAACAUGUGCAAAUGGUUGAAGAGUGAAGUAUGGAAAAAAGACUCGCCCUGUAACCUGCAAGAUAGCUUUCGAUGCCUCAAACUUGGUGACAUGGUGGUCUUGGACCAUCGAUUCUUGUACCAGAUGCAAAAUAGAAUAUCAUUAUAAUUUAAUUUCACAA